ACGUCUUUUUGUUUCGCCCUGUUUGCUCCUCCGCGCAUGCUCCGAGUCGACACUCGUGCUCAGACUUCUUCACGGAAAGAAGAACAAGCGAAGACGCGGAAGGGUGUAAAGGAGUCUCCUUCCCAGUUCACACAGCAAUACUGCGAGGUGUCAAAUGGCCUCCAGGUCAAGGCUGUCCAGGCAAAAAGGAAACUGGAGAAGUGUAGACAUUCGGGAGGAGAGAGGAGUUUUCCAAGGAGCCAUGGAGCCAGCCAAAGACGAUGACAUGGCUGACAGACUGGCCCACAUUAAACAAGAGGACUGUGACUGGGCUGCCCCAGACGACUUGUGUGUGAAGGUGGAGGACUGCGAAGGCGCCAUUUCGGUUUUUAAAGAGGAGGAGUGCAAGGGGGAAACCCUUGAGGUUAAAGUCGAGGAGGCAGAAGAGUUCUCAGCGAGUCUUGAGCUGCAAAAGCAGGAAACUGGGAAUAUUUUCGAGGAAGAUAGUCACAGGUUACAGCCCCGGUUCACCUAUGUGAGCCACCUGGCUACACGGCAGAAUUCCGUGGAAGUGAAAUCCGAGUUGUGCGACUUUGAGGAUGAAGUUGUUGAAGGGAAUGGGACAGGAGAAGAGGAUCAAUCACCCACUGGGAGCAUUGGAAUGAAUUUACAGGAGAAUGGCAGCAUUUUACAAUCUUCAUCUGCUCGCACACUUCUUAAGUGUGGACUGCAACACAAGUGGAACAAGGGGAAGGUGAAGAAAUCUCCAGGUGGAUUAGAGAGUUUGUCCCCAACCCCUGUGCAGUGUAGUUCUCUUUCUCCUGUGAACCUAACAAAGACAGAAGAUCUCAAAACUGAUCAACAGGUGAGAAAACACAGCCAAAUUCACCCUGGAGAAAACCCUCAUUGUUGCCCUGAAUGUGGCAAACAUUUCCCAGGGAUCAAGAGUCUUAACAGACACUUGAAAAUUCACUUUGGUGGGAAACCACAUUGCUGUCCAGAAUGUGGCAAACAAUUCUCAAAUAUAAGCAGCCUUCAAAGGCACUUAAGAAUUCACACUGGAGAAAAACCUUAUGGAUGCACAGAAUGUGGCAAGCGAUACUCGGACAGUAGCAGCUUGCAAAAGCACACGCGAAUUCAUUCUGGAGAGAAGCCAUAUUGCUGCUCUCAAUGUGGAAAAAGAUUUUCCAGUAGUAACAGUUUUCGGAUACACGUACAAGUUCACACCGGAGAGAGGCCAUAUAUCUGCUCUGAAUGUGGCAAAAGUUUUUCGAGCAAGGGUAUUCUUUAUAAACAUUCCAAAAUUCACACUGGAGACAAACCUUAUUGCUGUUGUGAAUGUGGUAGACAAUUUUUGGACAAAAGCAGUUUUCGGGAGCACACACGAAUUCAUACUGGAGAGAAGCCCUAUUGCUGCUCUCAAUGUGGGAAGAGAUUUGCCAGCAGUAACAGUUUUCGGAUACACACUAAAAGUCACACAGGAGAGAAGCCAUAUGUCUGUGCAGAAUGUGGCAAAAGCUAUUCCAGCAAGAGCAUUCUUUAUAAACACGCCAAGAUUCACACUGGAGAAAAACCCCAUUGCUGCACUGAAUGUGGGAAAAGAUUUUUACACAUAGGCCAUCUCCAGUGCCACAUCAGGUCUCAUACUGGAGAAAAACCUUAUUGUUGUCCUGAAUGUGGAAAGCGAUUCUCACAAGUAAGCAAUCUACAGAGUCACAUCAGAACUCACACUGGAGUGAAACCUCACAGUUGUUCAGAAUGUGGCAAACAAUUCUCGCGCCUUAGUUCUCUUAAUGUACACAGAAGAAUUCAUACUGGAGAGAAACCUUAUUGCUGUUCUAAAUGCGGUCAGCGAUUCUCCCACAGCAGUUCUCUUGAUAGUCAUGAGAGAAUUCAUACUGGUGAGAAAAACCAUAGCUGUUCUGAAUGCGGCAAGCGUUUCUCGGACAGCAGGCAUCUUAAAGAUCACAUGAGAAUUCACUCUGGAGAGAAGCCCUAUUGCUGUCCAGAAUGUGGCAAACGAUUCUCACAUUUAAGCAACCUUAAGAUCCACACAAGAACCCACUCUGGAGAGAAGCCAUAUGUCUGUUCUGAAUGUGGCAAAAGUUACUGCAGCAAAAGCAUUCUUUAUAAACAUGCCAAAAUUCACACCGGAGAGAAACCUUUUUGUUGUUGUGAAUGUGGCAGACAAUUUUCUGACAAAAGCAGUUUUCGGGAGCACACACGAAUUCAUACUGGAGAGAAGCCCUAUUGCUGCUCUCAGUGUGGAAAAAGUUUUUCCAGCAGUAACAGUUUUCAGAUACACACAAAAAGUCACACUGGAGAGAGACCAUAUGUCUGUUCAGAAUGUGGAAAAAGCUAUUCCAGCAAGAGCAAUCUUUAUAAGCAUGCCAAAAUUCACACUGGAGAAAAACCUCAUUGCUGCUCUGAAUGUGGGAAAAGAUUUUUACAUAUAGGCCAUCUCCAGUGCCACAUCAGGUCUCAUACUGGGGAGAAACCUUAUUGUUGCCCUGACUGUGGAAAGCAGUUCUCACAAAUAGGUAACCUACAGAGUCACAUCAGAACUCACACCGGAGUGAAACCUCACAGUUGUUCAGAAUGUGGCAAACAAUUCUCACGCCUUAGUUCUCUUCACGUACACAGAAGAAUUCAUACGGGAGAGAAACCUUAUUGCUGUUCUAAAUGCGGUCAACGAUUCUCCCACAGCAGUUCUCUUGAUAGUCAUGAGAGAAUUCAUACUGGUGAGAAAAACCAUAGCUGUUCUGAAUGCGGCAAGUGUUUCUCAGACAGCAGGUAUCUUAAAAAUCACAUGAGAAUUCACUCUGGAGAGAAACCCCAUUCCUGUCCAGAAUGUGGCAAAUGUUUUUCCCAUGUAGGCAAUCUUAAGAUCCACACAAGAAUCCACACUGGAGAAAAACCUUAUUGCUGCACUGAAUGUGGGAAAAGAUUCUGUAAUAGAAGCCAUCUUCAAAAACACACUAGAACUCAUACUGGGGAGAAGCCAUAUUGCUGUUCUGAAUGUGGGAAAAGCUUCUCUUGCAGUAGCAGUUUUCAGAGACAUAAACAAAUCCAUACUGGAGAGAAGCCUGUUCUAAAUGUGGCAAAUGAUUUUCAAACUGUCUCCAGCAACAUGGAAAAUGUGAGAGGUAAGUCAAUCACAAAGGUGAUGUUCUUGUCCCACUUGUCCCAGAGUGUUGGUAAUGGUGGUCCACACAAAUUGAAACGGCUCAACCUGGAUGUAGAUGACCAAAAGUGGACAGGCAGGAGGGAAUCUGGGGAAGUAGAUCUCCAUUUACACUGUCUGGAUGGUGUGGAAAUCAUGUUGCUUGGGGGUCGCACGUUGAUGACUCAGGCCUUUUUUUUUUUUUUUUUUUUUGUCUUUUGCUUUGAUUCCGCCAGCGGACAUCGCCGACUGUCAUACGGGGUGCAAGUCUGCAGUUUCUUCGGAAACAAAAGCAAUCAGAAGCAGACAAGCAGGAGAACAGCGGAGGAAAAAAAGCGGCGAAUAGCAUUGUCGAUGAAAAGGAGUCUCCCUGCUGGUUCGCAGGGUCGUGCAGUCAGCUCUCCACAGAAAAAGGGAAUCUUUGAAGAGAAUAGAAUAGGCUUGUGUGGGGUGGGAAGAGUUUUCCACAGCAUGGCCUCAGCCAAAGGUGACAUCCUGGACCACAUUAAACAAGAGGACAUUGAGUGGGGCACCCCAGAGGAUUUGUGUGUGAAGCUGGAGGAUUGCGAAGAAAGAAUUUCAGUGUUUAAAGAGGAGGAGGAGGAGGAAUGUGAGGAGGAUAUUGUUGAGGUUAAAGUCGAGGAUCCUGAAGACAGUUUUGAACUGCCAAAGCACCAGAAUUGGAACGUUUUUAUGCAGGAUCUUCCUGGAGCGCAUCUCCAGUUCACCAAUACGGGGCAACUGCCUACCCAUGAGAAUUCUCUAGAAGUGAAAUCGGAAUUAUGGGAGUUUGAAGGGAGAAGCUCCGAAGGAAACGGGGGAGAAGAAGAGCAGCCGUCAUUUGGGAGUGUCGGAAUAAAUUUCCAGGAGAAUGACAGCCUCUCUCCAUCUUCAUUUGCCCAGACCUCUCUUCAGUGCAGACUGCAGCAGAACCAGGACAAUGUGGUGAAAUCAACUCCUGAAUCGGAGAAUUUGACAGCAGCCUCUUUUCAGUGUAGUUCUCUUCCAGCUGUCAAACUCACACCGACAGAAUCCAUCUACAGUGGUUACCAGGAAGUGCAGAGGUACAUUGGAAUUCAGAAUGAGGAGAAGCCGUACCGUUGUUCAGAAUGUGGCAAACGAUUCUCCCACAGUAAUAAUCUUCAUAAACAUAAAAAAAUCCACACUGGAGAGAAACCACAUAGCUGUUCUGAAUGUGGCAAGCGCUUCUCCCAAGUACGCAAUCUUCAGACCCACACCAGAAUUCACACUGGAGAAAAACCUUUUUGCUGUUCCGAGUGUGGCAAACGGUUCUCCGACAGUAGCGCUUUCCGGCAACACACGCGAAUUCACACAGGGGAGAAGCCAUAUUGCUGCUCAGAAUGUGGCAAAAGAUUCUCCCAUAACAGCAGCCUGCACACACACUUGAGAGUUCACACUGGGGAAAAGCCAUAUUGCUGUUCUGAAUGUGGCAAGAGAUUUUACCUUAAUAGCAGUCUCCACAGACAUGCAAAAAUUCACACUGGAGAAAAACCUUACUGCUGUUCUGAGUGCGGCAUGAGAUUCUCAUUUUUAAGUAGGCUUCACAGACACUCGCGAAUUCACAGUGGAGAGAAGCCUUACUGUUGUACUGAAUGUGGGAAAAGAUUCUCAGAAGUAAGCCAUCUUCAGAGCCACAGCAGAAUCCACACCGGAGAGAAACCUCACUGUUGUUUGGAAUGUGGCAAGCGAUUCUCACACCGAAGUACCCUUUAUAAACAUACGAGAAUUCACACUGGAGAAAAGCCUUACUGUUGUACUGAAUGUGGGAAAAGAUUCUCAGAAAUAGGCCAUCUUCAAUGCCACAUCAGAAUACACACUGGAGAGAAGCCUUAUUGUUGUCCUGAAUGUGGUAAGCGAUUCUCAAACAGCAGUGGCCUUUGUAAACAUAAAAAAAGCCAUGCUGCAGAGAAACCUCUGAGCUGUUCUGAAUGUGACAGGCGUUUCUCAGACAACAGCAGUCUUAAUAAUCACAUGAGAGUUCAUACUGGAGAGAAACCCUAUUCCUGCCCAGAGUGUGGCAAACAAUUCUCACAAGUACGCAGUCUUCAAAUCCACAAACGAAACCACACUGGAGAAAAACCAUAUUGCUGUUCAGAAUGUGGUAAAAGAUUUUCUGACAGUUGUAGUCUCCACAGACACAGGCAGAUUCACACUAGAGAGAAGUCUUAUAGCUGUUCUGAAUGUGGCAAACUAUUCUCCUGUAAGAGCUAUCUUAAGAAACACGCAAGAAUUCAUACAGCCCUUGAUGAAAAUUUAAAGGAAUAAGAAUUGACAGGACAACUGAAACACCUGGAAUAAAAAGUGGGGUUUUCUUCUGUCCCGUAAGCACACUUAAGACAUUUUGGAGAAACUAUACUUGAGAAAAGCUGUAUUGUUGCACUGAAUGUGGCAAGGGAUUCCCAAAAAAAAGCAGUGUACACAGUCACACAAGACUGACCAGCUGCUAUUUAAUUCAAAAUUCAAGGGAAUAAGAGUCACGGUGGUACAACGGAAACAUCACGGCUAAACAAACGUGAGAGGGGCAAUCCUGUCUUGUAAGCACACCAAUAAAUUUCAGAGAAACUGACCUUGAGCAAAGUUGUAUUGUUGGUCAAAAUGUGGCAAGUGAUUCUCAGAAGUAAGCGUUUUUCACAGUCACAGAAGAAUUCACAAUGUAAUACAGCAUGAAGGAGCAGUUGCUAUUUAAUAAUAAUAAUAAUAAUUAUUUAAUCCUUAACCAGCUUCUCUUUUUGCUCCCCUGAGAACUCAUGGGUGAGUAUUCACCUCAGGAUUUGAUGAUCGGGAAUUCUGGAAGAACAUAAUAAUAAGACUAAUUAGUUAGUAUGGCAACCUUUGAAAAAUAUUAAUUACUCUUAAACCGUGAAAAAGAAAGCCAACACAUAUUCCACAGUAUUUUUAUUAUUAUUUUUUGGAUGGUGGGUCUAGAUGUGCUGCCACCAUGGGAGGUAACUUGACUUUAGUUCUAUAUCAGAGGACUCUUCAGCAUCAUGUCAGGCCACCUGAUUGUCAAAUGGAGAUUAACGAAUCAACACCAUAAUCUGAAACACACAAGACAAUUGUCUACAAAAUAGUAGGAGAAAAGGAAGUUAGAAUUCUGUCGUGGCCCACUUAGCCUCCACAGAACCCACAGUGAGUUUAAAAUCUCAAAGAAGAAAAGGAAAAUUAGAGUUCUGUGGUUGAAGUGUUUUUGCAAGGCCAAGUGGGCAAGAAUUCCUGCACUUUGUGGUGAGAAACUGAGCAAUGAGGACAAGAAACAUGAGGAUGUGGGUGGUACUGGGAAAGCUGAUGGGAUCUGGUAUGGAGUUUGUGGGGGUAGGGAACACUUUUUCACAGGAUAGUGCAUGACUUUCUUUACUAAAUUAUUGAGAUGAGUAUUAACAACGUGUUUUAUUUAUUCAUGUUAUGACCAUUUUAUUUAGUAAUAUGCUUUGUUUUGUAUUUGGGAAAAAAAUAUAAUGAUGUAAAAAAUCAGAUGGGAACAAAUGUAUAUAAAUAUGAGGGGAGGGAGGGGGUGUUGUGAUGGGUGCAGCCUUUGAUAAUAUGAUUUGAAAGAAUACAUGAAGAGGAGGAAAUUUGUGUGACAAUUGUGUGCUU